AUGGUAAGUUUCGAUGUCGAGUCACUGUUUACCAAUGUGCCACUGAAGGAUUGCCUGGAAGUCAUCAAGGACAGAUUGUUUGACAAUGAGCUGCCCGAUGAAUAUAUUGUCCUUUUGCAAAACUGUUUGGACGGAAACUAUCUCUUGUAUCGAGGCCAAUAUUACCUCCAGAUUGAUGGCGUUGCUAUGGGAAGUCCUGUAGCACCAGUGAUUGCCAACAUUUGGAUGGAACAUUUCGAACAAAAAGCGUUAGCGAGCGGCCCCGGUAUUGUUAAGUUCUGGAAGAGAUAUGUUGAUGAUAUAUUUUGCAUCAUAAACGGAAACCAAACAGAAGUGGAACAAUAUCUACAGCACUUAAAUUCUGUUCAUCCAAAGGUUAAGUUCACGUAUGAAAUGGAGAGGAACAGAUCCAUGGCUUUCCUUGAUGUUCUUGUGACAGUGAGACCGGAUGGGGCUUUGGCCCACUCUGUUUACCGGAAACCGACUCACACAGACAGAUAUCUGCACGCCUCUUCUCAUCACCAUCCCCGUCAUCUUCAAGCAGUUAUUUCCUCAUUGGUUAAUAGGGCAUAUAACCUAUGCGACCCUGAACAUGUGGAAGGGGAACUAAAACAUGUGAAGGAGGUACUAAGAAGGAAUGGCUACAGUGCUACCACAAGACAAAUGGAGAAGAGACUCAAGAGGGAUAAGCAACCAAUGGUGAGCAGGGAACCAGCUUUCCUUCCGUACGUGAAAGGGGUAACGGAUAAAAUUGGAACAGUACUCAACAAAUACUCCAUUAAGACUGUAUAUAGCCCGUUGUCAAAAGUAACGAAGGAAAUUCGCUCGCCAAAGGAUAAUAUACCUCUUCAGACGCCGGGUGUCUAUAAGAUCGAUUGCAGCUGUGGUAGUUCUUAUAUAGGACAAACUAAGCGGUCUAUAGCUGAAAGAGUCAAAGAACACAUAGCGGCUGUAAAGAACCGACAGACGUGCAAAUCUGCGAUAGCUGAACAUCUGUUAACUUCGGACGUUAAUCACUGGAUGGAACUUCAUGACCCGAAAAUCCUCUCAACUGAUAGGCAUUACCAUCAAGGUUCUGGAGCGGAGGCCGCGUACCGGAAAAUGCAGCGUGGGACGUCCACCCACAAGGUGGACUGA